AUGCCCUCCCCCAGCGACUCUAGCCGCUCGCUGACCGGCCGCACAUCUCGCAGCCUCACCCACCUCCACGUUCAGCGGACCUGGCUGCAGAUCCUGCUGGUGCUGGGCUUCAUCCAAGUCAUCCUGGGCGUCUUGAUCGUCACCUUCAGCCUGGUGGCGGCCACCAUCACGCCCUCUGCCAAGAUCCGGCACUCCUGCCCGUCCUGGGCCGGCUUCUCGCUGGCGCUGUCUGGGCUCGUUGGCAUCGUCUCCUGGAAGCGGCCACUCACCCUGGUGAUCACCUUCUUCACGCUGCUGUCGGUGCUAGGCGUCAUGCUGACCCUCGCUGGGUCCAUCCUGUCCUGCCAGAAUGCACAGCUGGUGAAGUCCCUGGAGGCCUGCGAGAGGGAGAGGGACCUGUGUGUCUGCUGCCAGGCCCGUUCAGAGCCACAUCCCACGUCCUGCAGCCGGCAGAGUGAGAUGCUGACCAUGUUCCCCAACCCCAACUGCCGGACCAUCCGUGUGGCACUCAAGGACCUCCUCUUCAGCGUCUGUGGCUUGACCGUCUUCUCCACCAUCAUCUGCACACUCUCUGCUGUUGUGUGCUGCAUCCAGAUCUUCUCCCUCGACAUUGUCCAUGUGCUGGUCCCCCAGCGCUCGAGCUCUGUCACGCUGGAAUGCACGUCCCCCCCCAACACUCUUCUGCAGAGCAUGAUGGACUUUGAGGAGUUUGUGCCCCCGGUGCCACCCCCCCCCUACUACCCGCCCGAGUACACCUGCAGCUCUGAGACCGACGCGCAGAGCAUCACCUACAAUGGCUCCAUGGACAGCCCCGUGCCCCUCUACCCAACCGACUUCCCCCCUUCCUACGAGACCGUGAUGGGGCUGCGGGGAGACAGCCAGGCCACCCUGUUUGACUCGCAGCUGAUGGACGGCUCGCACACCUGCACCUGCGACCGCGUCCCCUCCAUCGUGCUCAGUGGAGAAGUGUCCAUGGACAGCGGGUCCCUAAUCAUGUCCGAGAUCAUGGACAUCCCUGGGGACAGCAGCCCCUCAGAGGACUCAUGUCUGCUGGAGCUACAGGGCUCCAUGCGCUCCGUCGACUACAUCCUCUUCCGCUCCAUCCAGCGCAGCCGUGCGGACUACUGCCUGAGCGUGGACUGCGUGCAGUGCAGCCACCACGCGCGCAGCCCCACGCUGGGCUUGCAGGGGCCCUUCGAGGAGAUGCCCCAGCCCCGGGUGCGAGGGGAGCGCUCCUACUCCUGCUCCACAGCAGAGCCCAGCCACGACAGCAUCUUGGUGGGGGGGGCUGUCACCCACAGCUGCAAUCGCCUGGAGGGGCUGGCCCGCUGCGCUGGCCCCUGCUUCCCCGAGGUGCGGCUCAAGGAGAAGGGCUCACUGCAGGGGCGCGGGGGUGGCCGCUCUGCGGGGCCCGACACUGGGCGCCUCUGCCACCCACGGCGCAACAGCGAGACCUCCUGCCCCUCAUCCCCGGCCCCGGUGCUGAGCCAGCGCCCGCUCUUGAGGUCACACAGUGACCCUGGCAUCCUGACGGCCAGCCAUGUUGCAGAUUUCAGGGAAGUACUUUAUACCAAAGCACUGGAGGACACCGUGUCCAACUCCUCUGCGGAUACAGGGCUGUGCUCAGACGCCUGCCUGCUCCGCCAUUCGCACUGUGACUCCCCCCCACUGCUCCGGGCUGGCUCAACAGGGAAGAGCAAGCUGCUGCCCUCCAAGAAGGUGACGCAGCAGCUGUCGAAGACGACGACCCGCUCCCUGGGGGACCUCAAGGUCUGCCGGAGCACCCGUGGGCUGGUGGCCAGGUUCCUGCAGAGACCUAAGCGUAGCCCAGCAGCUGGUAUCGAGGUGCCCGGGCACAGCUCCCAGGGGCACAAGCAGGUUCCCUGGAGCGCCUGGCCAGGAGCAGAGCGGCCCCACGAAGGCAUCCACCUGCAGAGCUGCGGGGAUCUGAGCUCCACCUCGUCCCUGCGACGGCUUCUGUCCGCCCGCCGGCUGGAGCGCAGCCACCCGCGGAGCCUCAGUGGGACCUGCAAGGAGAGCGUUCUCUGA